UGUCACCAGAAACUGCCAGGCCAGGGCUAACAUGGGUACACUGACCCCAAAAAAGAAAGCCCUUAACCAUAAGUGAGUAUACUGUGGCCAUACCCAUAAGGGAGGGGGAUACAGGAACUAACCCCUCCACUUGAUUCUGGGCAGAUGCACCAAACAGUACCAGCCCCAAGGUUGUGUACAACACCCCUGUGUUGAUAGAGAGCAGCUGAAACAUGAGGAGUAACCAAACAGUGCCCACAGUCUUCUCAAUCCCACCACAGAGGAGCACCAGAACCCCAAUGCUGAGGAGUAUCUGGGUCUCUGUCUGGUGGUGGAAGGAGUAUGUGAUGAGCUUGUGUACCGCAAAGAAAGAGGAGAGGAUUAAACGGAUAUUAUCGGGUUGAUAGACAUCAGCGGCAUUGAUGUGUUGUGCUCUAGCUUGCUGCUGUAGCCUAAUGGCACAAUCUGUUACGUCAUUAACGUUAGCUACACGUUGUAGCAAGCUAGAUAACGAUACAACAGACCCAUUCAAAGUGGCUAGCUAGCUACUGAGCAUGAUUCUUGAGUCACUCAACCCCUCCUUGCUAAGCUAAGGUACCAUGCCCAUUGGCAAAAACUGUAGUUCCAAGACUUUAGACAUCUUCUGAUAAACCGAAAUAUGUAGUGACUGUAAACAAAACUGAUGAUACUGUAACGAUCCUGGGUUUAUAAACGCGGAAAUUGACUCAGCCGCACGAGCAUGCUUUUGCGGUACAGGCGAUAGCGCGCCGGACCUCGGGCUAGAAGGUCCGAGGGUUCGAGACCUGCUCCCUGUCUGUUUCAUUACAAUACUAUAAUGACAGCAACAAUGCCACUUGUUAGCCUGAACUCAGGAGUAAAACUCUUGAACCUCUGAACCACAUCUUUCUAAACUAUUCGAGUGAUCAUGUUGAUGCUCAGUGCAUACUUGUCAAACUACUAGAGGAUAAUCAAGCACAAUACAAAAUGUCAGUAACGACACUUUUCCUCCAAUAUUGCACAACACUUUAGCCAAGACUUGAGAAGUUAGCUUGCUAAACCAAAACAAAUGCACUGAACUUCCGCAUUUGGAUUAAUCACUUUCACAACCACAAAGAUACUGUUGCGCAGACCAUGAAGUGCGUUAAAGGCAUUGCUGCAUUUAAAGACACUUCCUUCCACCUGCUGGCUUGUGCCUGAAAUGUGAUGACCAAGGAGUCCUCAACAGCUCAUAAAGAAAGAUGGAUCGUAAUGAUGAGAGAAUCAAAAGAGCUUUAAGACGCCGCCCUUAUGUGUUGAAACCAGUGAGGGUGAACACCCCUGAUUCCAUGUUGUGGCCAACCGGCAAGGUGCACAGAAGGCCAAAGCCUUCUAAUUCAGUGCAGACCCCUCAGAUCCACAAAAGGCCUCCAAUCAUUGUGAGCUAUGGGCAGGACCAGACAUCUGGGGAUGGAUGGAGCAUCAAUCCAGAGCCUCUCAGCCAGUCUGGAAGGGUGACUCGGCUGAUAGAGAGAAAAUAUGAUGACGUGAUCUCAUCCUCCAGUUCUGAUGACUUUUCCAUCUACUCCUUCACUGACUGUGAAUCUGAGUGUGAUGAUGAGGAUCAUGAAAGGAGGACCCCAAAGCUGAAAGUUGAGAAUGGAAAGGUGACAAAGCUUGAUGUGAGGGAUAUGGAUGAGGAUGAUCUGUCUCUCCACUCCUUCGAUGAGUCAGACUUCCUGAGCCCAGGGAAGGUCUCAGGUCCUGUAUCUGUCAAGAAUGGCCUCUCUCCUCUUGUGACCUCAGCACACCGGACCCUGGCUGAAGCCCUAUGGGCCCUGCCCUCUGCUGUAGGCUCUCCCUACCCAGUAAAUGUUCCAAGGCCUCGGACUCCUCUCAACCUUGUCAUUAUCGCUCCGCCCCGAACAGAGAACUUCCCAUACCGCCACAGCCCUCGCCUGGCUCCCAUCACCAACCUGAGCGAGACCGGCAGGAAGCUGCUCCAGGAAAUGGCUGGAGUGGCCCCACAGGAAGGGAAGGUCAAUAAGAAAAAGAAGAGCAAGGCCAAAAAGGAAUUGAAGCAAGAGAAGGCUAGUAAGACGCAACAGAUGGGAAAUGUUGGAGAAAGUAAGGAGGAGGACAAGAAAGAGGAAAAGAAGAGUCUGAAGAAGAGGUUUCUUGAGUGGCUGCUGCCCAAACUGAGAUGUUCAAAGAAAUAAUGGCCAACUAUUACUUCUACCACACACACACACAGAUUUUGAGUAUUGGUUAUUCCUACAACACACACAAACAUAAUAUCAGAGACGGGAACUAUGAUUAGCAAAAUACAUAUAUUGGUCUCAUUCUUAUAUUUUGAGACAUGCAGCAUUAUUUAAAUAAAAAUGAUAUUGAUCCCCAUACAGCCUAUGAUAAUGAGUUGGAUUUACAUGCUUAGGCUUGGAAAUAUAGCCAGGAGAAGCAGGGUCAACACCUCUACUCAUGUCAUGACAUCUUUAGUAACCACAGAGAGAUAAGACCUCUGUCUCAACAGUCUCAUCCAAAGGACAGCACCAACCUUAGGGAAGUGUCACUGGUAUUGGGGUCUUAGGUCUCCUUUGGCCAAAGUGAAGAGUUGAGGGCCCCUUACUGGUCUCCUUGCAAUAUCUGGUCUCCCACACAGAGAUGGAAAUCUACACCUGUUUAGACCUUGGAGGAUAUGGCUUCAGAUGAAAGACAGCAGAGAGAUGCAGAACGUAAAAGCUUCAAACACAUUGAUAUGCAAAUGUAGGACCAUUGUACACUGAAGUGAAGCAUGCAUCUGGUCUGAAGCAUGUCAAAAGAGUAGAAAUGAACUGGCACUGGAGGAAUACAUCACAUUUAAACUAAAUUAGCAUGUAUCUGAUUUAGCUACACUCAUCUGUACUUGAAUUGUGCUGUUUGAAACGUGCAUUUCCAAUAAAGAUUUCUAAAUUGCA